UCGGCUGGGCUUUAUGACAACCGGGGCCUACAAAUCGUGAAAGUCAUUAUCUUCGAGAAUUGCCAAAAGGUCGUAGUCCCAUGACCUGGUUCCCAACCGAAUUUUAAGUCGUUUACAAGUUCGACCACGGCUGUGCCCAACGUCACACUUUGAGAUCCCGCACGUGCCCAGGAGGCCCAACGUUACAGACAUCAUUUGGGACAUCCGUAUAUUGUCUACCGCAACAAUAGAACCCACAAAAAGGCCGCAGCGAUGGGUGUCUUUUACGAAACGGUCCCCGACUUCCUCAUGACUUGGAUCGCCAAGCAAAAAGUAUUCUGGGUCGCCACGGCACCGCUCAUGGGCCAGGGCCACGUCAACGUGAGCCCCAAGGGCGGCGCGACGGACCACGAGACCUUUGGCCUGCUCGACGACAAGACGUUCUGGUACCUCGACAUGACGGGCUCCGGGUCCGAGACGAUCAGCCACCUCUACGAGCCCGGGAACGGGCGGAUCACAGUCAUGCUCAACGCGUUCGAGGGGGCGCCCAAGAUUGUGCGGCUCUGGGGCAAGGGCCGGGUCCUGGAGAGCGGGACGCCAGAGUUUGCCAGGUUUGUGGAGGACAACAAGGUGUUUACGCCGACGGGGACGAGGAGCAUCAUCCUCGUGGACGUGCAUCAGGUCGGCAGCUCGUGCGGGUACUCGGUCCCGCUGUUCGACUUCAAGGAGCACCGCGAUGUGCUGUUGAAUCAUUUCGCCAAGAAGAAUGCGCGGUUCGAGGCGGGGAAUGAGGAGGAGAGCAUGGAACGGUGAGUCUUGAACCCCCCCCCCCCC